AUGGCCUGGCGAGUUUCCCCGGAGAGGAGCCGGAUUCCGGUGCAGGGACGGAGCGAGGAGUCCGAGGUGCAGGAGGGAGGAGGAGGAGAGCACGUACGCCUCGCCUGGCAGGAUCAGGCCCCGAGUGGAGUCAGAGGCUGCAGGGCGCCCCCCAACCGGGCAGGAAGGGGAAGGGGCGCAGCUGAGGGGCAGGGCAUCUGCAGGAGGGCACAGGGGCAAACAUCUCUGGCUCAGGCUGGCACGGACCCUGCCGGAGACCCUGGGGAGCUGCUCCCUUCAGUCCUGAGCUCAAGGGGCAGAAUGAGGGGUCCAAGGGAAGGGGAGGAAGGGGGGGGGGAGAGCAGUGCAGCACGGGGGGGCUCUUCCUGUGCAGCCCCCUGACACCCUUUGCAGACCACUACUCCUGCCCCCCCUUCCUCUGCCAGUGCCAUUGAUAAAUCUAUCGCCCUCAUUUGUGAAUUGGUCUGAUCGCCUUUGAAAGCUCUCUUUGCCACCACCAUCACCGCAUCUUGUGGCAAUGAUGUCCGUCAGGUUCAUUUAGCAAGGAAAUGGCUUCUUUUGCCUGCCCCAAAUCAAGGUACACUGUGCCUACACAUGGAGGUUCUGUUGAUCUGUCACGGCAAUUAAAACAGCUGAUAGAUCUAUACUCCAGAGAAUGCAUCUGAUCUUUUCCCAAGCUGUCAAAGCUAGUGACCUCUUGUGUCUGCGUGUAAAUAAGUGAGACAGGCUUAAGCCUGGUUUCAUUAAUUGUUUUAUUUCCACCUUCCUCAGUAAGGCAAAUGAAGGACGAGUGUUGAAGUGAGUUCCAGAUUUGAGAAGGCAGAGGAAAGGAGGAUUCUAUGUUCAGAUUAUUCAUGUUCAGAUUAUUACUCAUUUCAUUUCUAUACUGCUUCAUAUUUUUAAGGGAAAAAAUCUCAAAGCAAUUAAUGGAAAAUCUCAUUGCAGUUUGUGUCCAUAGGAUGUUGAGAGCAUUAACUCUGUAGAUCCAGGAGUUCUCUCCUCCUGAUAGUCUCAGAUUUGAUUGUUCUUUCUGAUAGAGAGGAGGAACGAAACAUUUAUGGGCUUAAAGCUGCAUUAAUUCUGGAGGCCACAUUCCAGUGAGCUUUGUGGCCAAUGUAUGCGCAUGCAUGUGCACCCAGAAAAGAGAUGCAGACCAUAAAGUCACAUGCACACAUGCCAGAGGUGCUGCCCACACUCACCAGACAUGCCAUCUAGCAUACAUACAAGUCUUGCAAACACAAUCAGCAUGUUUAGACCUUCCAACCCCAGUCUUGGGGGGAGGAGAAAUAAGAGCACAAGAAGACCCUGCUGAAUUAGCAAUGAGUUCUAAGAAAAAAGACCCUAAUGAUCAUUCUUUAGAAAUCCUUUAAAGAGCAGCCCGAGGGAUCAUUUAUUUCCAGAGCAGGGCUUUUACCCCAUUUCAGCACUGUGCUGGUUUGUGGUGAAAUUGGAGUUUAAAAAAUCUCUCUAAGGCCCCUUAGGCAUCUUUCUCUUCAGGACAGACAGAGAUCUUCAUCCUAUGAUCAGAUCAGGAGAUGGAAACGGCAGGGACUAGCAGGACACACCCUGAGGCUUGGCAAGCCAUAUGCAGCCAAUGGACUGCAAGUUAGAAUGUCUUCAGUCAAGAGAGUUUGUGACCAUCAAAUAUAAAAUAUUUUGGAGUGAGUUCUUUGAUUUUGUUGGUCAAUAUUUGUUUUGUCAGUUUCUUAGACUGUGCAGAUACCAUACAUUUAAAGCACGUGGCUUCCCCAGAGAACCACAGGACCUGUAGUUUAUUGCUACAGCUCUCAACACCCCUAACAAACUGUAGCUCACAGGAUUUCUCGGGUGAAGUCAUGUACUUUCAAUGUUAGGUGGGUCUGUUGCAGCCUUAAUCACAUACAAAGAUCUGUUGCUGCCUUUCCAACAUGCUAGAAGUUGCAGCCAGGAUCAGCAUUCCCUGUCCACUGAACAUGCUCAGUCCUCUCACUGGGUUGUUUUUGGAUUUCCUUCCACUGCCUUGGUUCCCCCACCCCCAAAUAUUAUUUGUACUUCCAUAAACCUUGAUGUUUCCCCCAGUCUUUGGAUAACUUCCCCUCGUCCCUGGGUGGAGUCAUUUGGGUGACAUAAUGAUUGUCAUUCACAUCCUGAACAUUAGAAAUAGAAAGAGUAAUAAUAUAUUUCAAAAACUGGCUAAUGCUUAAAAAAUGUGCUUUUGUUUUUAUUCUUGGGUUUUAUUUUACUUUGUGUUUAUUUCUGUUCCAGGAGGGUGACGUAAAAAUUGCAGAGCAGCGACCCAGGAGACCCAUUCAAAGGGAGAGACUGGAGUGUAAAGGAAAGAACCCUCCUGCCGGCCAAGUUGGGACCAUCAGGGAUCUUCUGCCUCGGGCAGAUUUAUGUCAAAUUAAGCAGGAGGCAGAGGAGGGGCAGUCACAGCAGCAGUCGGAGGCCCAGAAGCAGGAUUUCCUGAAGACGAUGCAGCCCCCUCGUUCAGGGUGGGAAACCCCACAGGCUCCCAGUUCUCCCCACUCUGGGGAUGGUGUCCUCUCCUUCAGGGGAGCUGCAGAUGCCAGUCGGUGGCCCAGUGGGAGAGUAGGGGGAGCAGACCAGACCCAGCUCCCAGACACUGAGGGGCUUCUGGGAAAGGUAAGUGCCCUCCUCUCACCUGGGUUUCCAGGACCUGGAGGUCACAGGUCCAGUGCCUCUAGACAUGGAGGUUCUGUUUAGCUUUGGUGGUGAAUAUUCCUCCUCCCUGCACUUUCUCUCUAAUCCACUUUUAAAAGGCUUGCUAGACCAAACUUUCUUACACAUGGGAGUUUUGCGAUCAUAUCUCCUGAUGUUGUUACUUUAAUAAAGCAACCACAGGGGACUCUGAAUUUCAUCAGAGCAGAAGCUACAUCAGAAGAGGGGUCCUUCCACCAACCCCCUUUUUCCUCCUCUAAAUUGCCUCCAUUUCCAAAAUGCUCUUUUCUCCCCACUGAGGUAAAAAUCUUGGCACGUCUUGCAGCCUCACCACUGCCAUCUGCAGUGCAAAUAGAAUAACACUAGCCUACAUUGCAAGAUUGUUCCAAGAUUUAUUAAGAUAAUGUCCAUGUUCAGAUGACUGAAUCACAGCCUGAAAAGUUGGGUUACAAAUAGGAACAAUUUUUGGUACAUUGCUGUACUAAUGUACAUUUGGUACAUUACGAUAAAACCUAAGUUGACCCAAGUUUAAAACAAAAAACUCUAGCCGCCACCACCACAGUCUCCUGAACCCCACAAACAGAAUGCAUCACUCCAGGAAGGACUCCCCACCCAACCUUUAGUGAGAGAGGGAAAAGAGAAGGACUCUGCAUGGGUAGUUGCACAAAUUUACCAGCUGUGGUCCUGCACUGGCAGCAAGGCUAACAAACAGGGGAGCUGGGAACGUGCUGGUCCCAUAUCUCCCUGCAUCUGCCUCCUGACCUAAUUGUCCCAGCUUACCUCAUGAUUGGGCCGGCCCUGAUGGGGAACUGUGAUGAAACCAGACAGUCUCUUAUGAGCCAUAACUAACAAACUUUCCAUUUUGCCCAAACCAGGAAACUAUGGCUGCCAGCUUUGGAACAAGCUGGGAUAUUAAGCUAACUUCAAACUGUGCUUGGUCAAAACAGGAAAUUCUGGCUGAUCAGUGGCUUCGUGGUUUGACUGAUCCCACUGAUAGCAGUAAAAAUAGGAAGCCCUGUUGCGUUCGAAGGGGUUGUUUGGACAAAGUCUCUGAUCAGCAUGCCUAGCAGGACAGGCUUAAAAAGGUAAAGGGACCCCUGACCAUUAGGUCCAGUCAUCACCAACUCUGGAGCUGCAGCGCUCAUUUCGCUUUUUUGGCCGAGGGAGCCGGCGUACACCUUCCGGGACAUGUGGCCAGCAUGACUAAACCGCUUCUUGCGAACCAGAGCAGCGCACGGAAAUGCCGUUUACCUUCCUGCCAAAGCGGUACCUAUUUAUCUACUUGCACUUUGACGUGCUAUCGUACUGCUAGGUUGGCAGGAGCAGGGACCGAGCAACGGGAGCUCACCCCAUCGCAGGGAUGCAAACCGCCGAUUAUUAUUACUUUCAUCCUCCCUAUCUGACUGGGUUGCCUCUGCCCAUCUGGGUAGCUUCCAACAAAAUAAAAACCAUCAAAAAUUUCCUUGUAAAAGGCUGCCUUCGGAAAUCUUCCAUUUUGUAGAAAUGGCCUUCGGUUUUACAGAAUUGUCCUCUUUAAGGAAUCACGUGGUGUAAACAUGCAAGUUGUCCUCUAGGUCCAAACACACACAGACACAUACAUAGUAGGAGCAAGCAGUGCUUUAAAGUGCUUCUCUUGCAAACUUGCCAUCUAAGUUGUUUACUCCUGACCAAAGCUCCUGUUUCCCUAAAGGACAGGAGGGGGAGCAGAGGAGGAAACGAAUGGGUUUGAAGGCUCUUUCCACCAGCCGCCUCUCUCCCCUGAGGAACAAGAGCAAAGGGUGUUUUCAGGGCAGGAGGGCAGAGGAGGAGGCAGCGAGGGCAGAGGGAGCAGUGGGCGGAUCCCCCGCCUCUCCCAGGGGGUCCAGAUGCAAGCAAGGGGCUUCCUUCUUCUCCAUGCAAGGGCCACCCAUGUAUUCAGAGCAGUCCUUUAAAGAUUAACACUUAAGUUCCAUGGGAUCUACUCUCAGGCCACUAAUGUGCAUACCAUGCCAGCCUUAAGAAGGGAGGUGGGACAGGCAGGUGAAAGGAAUUGCCAAAGGUGUUUGAAAAUGCGUGGGGUCCCUUGGGAAGGGGGUGCCCAGUUGGGGCUUCUUCAGGGGCAGCAGAAUGUCUUGGGCAGGAGAAUCCCUGCAGGGGCUCUCAGACUCCCUUGGCUUCUUCUUCCCUCCCUCCCAGGAAGCUGCAACUUGCUCUGGAUUCUGCGCUCCUCAGGAAGCUGAACCUGCAAACCUAGCUGAGACUGAACCUGCAACCCUGGCCAGGAUGGAAGGAGGAAGAUGGACGGUUGACCUGGUCAGGCUCUCUCCCGCAUCCCUCCCCACAACCUCUGAGCAUUCCCUCCCAGGACCCUUGGAGAAAUCUGGUGAGUUCCAGAGGAGAGGAGAUGGGGACAGGGAUAGAUGGUGGAGGGAGAAAGAGGAAAAGAUGGAGAGGAGACAAAUGGAAGGAAGUUCCUGACAGGAAGAAGGAAGGGGUGAGGCCUUCUCCAAAGCAGCUCUUUGUUUCUUGAAUCCUUUUCCUAAAGUAGUGGGAGCAGAUUUUCUUUCUCCAGGCUUUGAAAUCUUAGGUGUUAUUUCCACGGCAAGAAUAAUUGAUGAUAAUGAUGUUGCACACCAAUCCUGAAAAAUGGGUGAAGGGGAAUGGAAAUGCUUCCCAUAAUUAGUUAUAAUUAAUGUAUUUAAAUAGUUUCUGUUACUCUUAUUUUUUAUAGACAGGGUCAGAAUGAUACAUUCCACCAGCACCAAAACACAAUAAAUGCAUGCACCUUCCCAGUCUGGUGGGGUUCAGGGACAAAGGACCAGUUAUCAUGAUACACGAUUCUUGUGGCUGGAGGCUCUGCACUUAGGAUUGGGCAUAUAAAGUCAAAGAGCGGAUGGUAUUAUAAGCAAAUUGUGUAAACUUGCCAAUCUUACAGACUGGGGUUGUGUGUGAGAGGGAGGGAGGGAGGGAGUGGGAUUAUAAUUUAUAGCGCCCCUGUGUAAUGGCUUGGUUCUCCCGCACAGACGCGAGACAACUCCAGUAGUAAUUAUCUCAGGUUUAUUGCUCAAACUCACAAAUCACUGUGGAGCUCAGUCUUCGGCCUGUUCAUCCCAGCUUGCAGUUGCCAAGUCCUCCAACAAAGAAGCCCCCACUUUCACUUUCUUUCCCCCUCUUCUCGCAGAUUCUCUUGAGCCUACGAUUUUUUGGACAGGCUAUUUCCAGGGUCUCUGUGUCAGAGCUCAAACCAGAGAUAACAGUCUGUGCCCCCCCCCGGCACCCCCUCUUCCUGCUCUUUCUUCUUUCCUCCUGCUGCAGCUUGGCUGCUCCUCCCCUGCUUCACAUUCCAACUGAAUCACAUCUCUUGCGUUCUCAGGCUCUGUCACCGGAGGCACGAGAGGCUUGAGAUUCACAGAGCUGACACCCUGUAAUUUUGUCCGUUCCUAAGCUUCCAUGGAGAUACUGUGGUACAACCUAGGUGCAAAUUUCAACAUAAGUACACAAAGCCAACAAAGAGACUCAGAGGUUUAUAGUGGCACCAGCUUUCCUGGUCAAGAGUCCUCUUUGUCAGACUGCAGCCCACAAAAGCUUAGACCAUAAUACAUUUAUCUGCCUUUAAGGGCUGCAAAAGAUGAAUAAACAGAAGCGUAGUUCAUCUAUGGAAUCUAUGCUACAGGAGACAGUGACGGCCAGCAACAUGGAUAGCUUGAGGAAAAGGAUAAGACAGACGUCUCUGCUCUGCCCUCGCGGUCUUAGGCAAUAAUGCUUCUUAAUACUAGUUUCUGGAAAGCACAGGAAGGCAGAGAAGACUCUUGUGCUCCAAUCCUGCUUGCCGGUUUCCCACAGGCAUCUGGUUGGCCUCUGUGAGAAGAGGAUGCUGGACUAGGUGGGCCUUUGCCUGAUCCAGCAGGCUCUUCUUAGGUUCCAAUCUAUUGCAAUAUUUUUACAGUUACAUGUAGCACUUAAGUUUUAUUUAUUUCACAAUGGAGACACUGUUACUUGAGCCUGAGAUCAUUUCUUCACUUCAGAAAGAAAAAAUAGAUGUGUCUAAUAAGACAAUUCCACCAUAGAUCUGUAUUAUAAAACGAUGGUGCUUUAUUAAGUUUGAAUGGAGUGAUCAUGUUUUGCUCUUGCCACUAUCUCAUCAGCUUUCGUAAAAUUUGGAACAUAGAGAGGAUAGUGGAGAAUGAAGGUGUUAAAAUGAGAGAAGGUACAGAUUGGGAUUGACAUGUGUUCAGUUCCCUUUUUGUCUUUCUUGAAAGUCUAACAGGAUUCUCUUUCCUCCCAGACUCCCAAACAGGUGAGGAAGAUGAAAGUCAUAAUUCUAUGGAGCCACAUGUGAAUUUAUGGGGGAAAACAAAGAAAUUGAGGAUACAACAAAAAAGUCACAAAGGAGAGAAACUAUUUGAAUGUAUUGAAUGUGGAAAGAGCUUCAGUCAAAGUGGAGCACUUAGAAGACACCAACGAACUCAUACAGGGGAGAAACCAUUUGAAUGUUUUGAGUGUGGAAAGAGCUUCAGUGAAAGUGGAGCACUUAGAAGACACCAACAAACUCAUACAGGGGAGAAACUAUUUGAAUAUUCGGCAUGUGGAAAGAGCUUCAGUCAAAGUGUAGCACUCAGAAUACACCAAAGAACUCACACAGGAGAGAAACCAUUUGAAUGUUUUGAGUGUGGAAAGAGCUUCAGUGAAAGUUGA